ACUUAACAGACCGCUCUCCGAAUCUGGCGCUUACUGCACGAUAGCCCAAUAGAUGUUGUUUUCCUUUCCCUCUUUGGUUUUUUUUUUGGAGAAACAGUUCUGUCUCCCUCGGCACUGUGCGUAAGUGGGUGUGUCGAUGAGUAGCUUAGUGCGCACUCCGAAAAAGAGGAAAAAGUUCAUUAUGAGUUUAGUUUGAAACCUGCCCUGAGGACCAGAAUGGCUAUCUGGACUCGAGCGGACAAAAAUGGUCAACUGGAUCUUUUGCUACGGGACCGCUGGAUUCGAGUAGCGGCUGAGCUCACCCGUGAAACUUUAACUUUGACGGCAGAAGCCGAUUUAAGUGGUCCGGGUGGUAACUUGGAUUACAAUAAUUCGUCAUCUGGCCUAAGAAAUGGUUUGUCGAACGGUGGCGAACCUGGAUUAACAUCAGGAAAUCCGAACCGAAACCAGAACUCGGACAUCCACCCCAACCACGGUGCUUUAAGGCGAAGUGAUAGCCCAGCGCGGGGGGCACUCACCCGAGGUCAUUACGACAGCGGCAGCUACGGCUACAACAGUCCUGGUUCUGGCAAGUUCAGUCGAGAUAACGGAGCCAACUCAGACUUUGGAAGUCCUGGGUCUAGUUAUGGUAGCCCUGGGUCUAGUUUUAGCUCACGGCAUGGCGAGACACCAAAUAGUUUCGAAGCUGGUGGGUCGGAAGCAAUACGGAAAGUAAGAGUUGUCAAACAGGAGUCGGGUGGUUUAGGCAUCAGUAUCAAAGGUGGUCGAGAAAACAGAAUGCCCAUCCUCAUAUCCAAGAUCUUCCCCGGGCUUGCUGCGGACCAGAGCCGAGCUCUACGUGUCGGCGAUGCCAUUUUGUCCGUCAAUGGCAAUGACUUACGUGAAGCCACACACGACGUGGCGGUGCAGGCGCUUAAAAAGGCCGGGAAGGAGGUUAUGCUCGAGGUGAAGUACAUCAGAGAGGUAUCUCCCUUGUUCAAGAAGCCCUCUAUGGUGGCAGACCUGCCUUGGGAAGGGACGCGCUCCAAUUCCCCCAGCCUCAGUGGCGAUGAGCUGCCCAAACACAGCCCUGGCACAAAGGACAGGAAGAUCAUCCCACUGAAGAUGAGCUUCAUCAGCCGCAACCUCACCAUGCCCGACCUGGAGAACAGGCUGCUGGAGCUGCACUCCCCGGACGGCCAGCACACGGUGGUGCUCCGCUGCAAGGAUGCCACCUCGGCGCAGGCCUGGUUCACCGCCAUCCACACCAAUAUCGCUGCCCUGCUGCCCCAGACACUGGCCCACGUCAACGCCUACCUGAGUGUGCCAACCACCGCCGCACACCCCCAACUCAAGCACAUCGGCUGGCUAGCCGAGCAGAUCCAGUUGGAAGGUGGGCGGAUACAGUACCGCCCGGUCGUCAUGGCGCUGACCGAGAAAGACAUCCUGUUGUUCGACUCGGUGCCCUGGAGUCGUGAUGCCUGGACUAACCCGCUGCUUACACAUCCUAUCCUCGCCACAAGGCUGGUUCAUUCGGGCAGUUCCCACGGGUCGCCGGCAGUGGGGGCAGACCUGGUGUUUGCCACACGGACGGGCACGAACCGUGGCAUCGAGUCGCACGUCUUCCGUGUGGAGACCCACUGGGACCUGUCAUCAUGGACACGGGCCUUGGUGCAGGGUGGGCACGCCGCCGCAGAACUGAUCAAAGAGGUGUCCAUAGGUUGUGUGUUGAACAGGCAGGAGGUGCGUUUGACCCUGCACUAUGAGAAGGGCUUUACGGUGAGCCGGGAGCCAGCAGAGGCGGCUGGGUUCACGGUCCUCUUCCGCUACCCCUACGAGAAGCUCAAAAUGUCCGCUGAUGAUGGGGUCCGCAAACUCUACCUGGACUUUGGUGGUCCCGAGGGGGAACUGGUGUUUGACCUGAGAUCGGGGCCAAAGCCUGUAGUGUUUGUACUCCAUUCCUUCCUGUCAGCUAAACUCACUCGCAUGGGCCUGCUGACGUGAAUGGGGACAACAGGAGCUCAGCGCCUCAGUUCCUUUUUACAUAUAUACAUAUACGUCUUGAUAUCGACACCAUCUAUCAUCGCCUUCCUUUUUUUUUUUUUUUUGAUUUUUUUAAGCAAACUUUGCUUUGUUGUCAUGCUUUGUUGACACGUGUGUGUGUGUGUGUGUGUGUGUGUGUGUGUGCGCGUGUGUGUGCAUGUGUGCGUCUGUAUGUGUCUGUGUGCGCAUGUGCGUGGUCAGUGGCAAUGUGGACUUGUGAGCACCGUCGGUAGAAGGCUGUGUACACCAGAAUAUGUGUGUUAGUGAGCUUGUAUUUCCAUUUUUAGCAUAUUGAAAUGUGACUUAUCAGGAUUACCAAAUGUGCCUUGUUGUAGAGCUAGUGGAAAAACUCUCUUCUAAACUUUUUCCAUUUCCUAGAGGCUAAAGCAAAACAAGCUUUGAAAAAAGCACACUUUCUCACACACAAACACACACACAUAAUAUUACUUUCAUAUAUUUGUGUUUGUUUGUUUUUGGUCCUUACCUAUGUUUCAUUUCCUGUAUUUUGUAUUUAUGUUUUCUUUCUCUUCAUGUUAGGGCACAGUGAGUAAGGUAUUGUUGUUGUGCCGAGGAGUUUAGGAGUGCUUGAGCUGCCUUGUUUAGAAGUGUUGAGGAGUUUAGGAGUGUUGACGAGUGCUUGAGCUGCCUUGUUUGACUUUACAGUAAAAACUCUCACUGGCGUAGCCUCUAUGUGCCUGUGCUGUGCUCGGUUCGCCCGUUUUGCAGUGUGUGGUUUCACGUUGGUGAAAUUGUAAGGGGUAACUGACUGAGUAGUUAAUCAGUCUAACGCAGCAGUUGUUAUGUGGGUAGAACAACACCUAGAGCCUUUUCUCCAAGCCAAAAGAAAGUCAUUCACUUUCACAGUCCUUCAUAUCACUGCCAUCUCCACAAUCCCUGUUUGCCUUGUAUCAUUGGAUUUCAACUGAUCCCACACUAAUGACUGUGCUGCCACCCAGCCUAGGGGGAAUUGCAUAAGGGAUACUGACUAUGUAAUUGUGUGCGUGUGUCUGUGUGUGUGCGUGCGUGCGUGUGUCCGCAUGGGUGUGUGUCUGCAUGGAUGUGUGUACCUGUGUGUGUGUGUGUGAAUGGUGGAAGUGGCAAAGGGCUCGAAAGCUUCUCGCCUCCCAACCCCCCUACAGCCCCCCCCCCCCCCCCCCCACACACACACACACACACACACACACACACACUCUGGGGAACGAUCCCUUCAUCUCCAUUCAAAUGCACAUGAGUUUGCAAAUUACUGUUUUCCACCACUUGUCAAGGUUAAUAGCUGUCAGUGAGAAGAGCCUGAGGCACUUUGGAUCCAAAGGACGCCACAUCGCCCCCUGUGGCCGCUCUUAAGUGCAAACAUAAUCUUGUGCCAAGUUUCAUCCAGGCAUUUGUGUGAAAACAGAGGGCGAGGAGUGUCAUCUAUUCUGUAUUUCAGGUUUAUAAAUGAAGUCCAAUCCAGCAAUUGCAGAACAAAACAACAACAAAAAAAGACGCCUUAAGAAAUGACAUUCCUAGAACAUGCACUUGCCAUCCGUGAUUGGGUGACCAAAAAAAAUGCACCGCAAAGCACAUUCCUUACCUUUUCUGUCCGGGGCAGCACAAACGUGUACAGAUGGAGUAAUGUGUUGCGUCGAAGAGAAGCCAAUACUGAUUUCUUCCUACUGCAAUGGGGGCGCUAACUAUGCCUUUCUGACUAAACCCAUAGCUCUGUAAAGAUCCUCCACAUAGCUGCACGAAUGCACAUCCCCUGUCCCAUAGUGGGAUUGAUCACAGCACAAGCACGACUCCAGUCAUUCCAGUGGCCUUUAAUAUUCAAAAGUUGAAUAAAUUCCCCCCCCUCCCAAAGAAUACAUAUGCAAGUGAGAAUAUUUCAAACAUUUUCAAAUGGGGAAAAAUGUUGUUGAAAUAUGUUGAUAUGCAAUACAUCCUGUCUUUGUCUGCCGUUAGGAUCACCUGUCUCUCUCUGUGUGUACUGUAUGUGUUAUUGAGUGUCUGUGCAUGGGCAUUCACGGUCCAAACUCUUUCUACUCUGUUCCUUGGUCUGCAGAGUUUCACUGAGCGAAACGUGAGACAUAUCUUUCUUUUGCAUCACUGCUGGACUUCCACCGAUGGUGUGGUGUGGGUAUCAGCUCCGGCUCUCUCUCAAAGGGCCGGCUCUGUUCUCCCGCAGGUCACCUGCUGAAAGACAGGGACUUGGCGUGCACCUGAGACACUCUCAAGCUCAAAUCUGGGGCCACGCCAGACUCCCAGCUAGUCCAGGCAGUCCAGUCCUCGGCUGAACCCUUUCUGGGCUCACUAAAGGUCAAGGCUUUCACUGAAGAUUCUGAAAGAUCCCAGGCCCUGUUUGCCAACUCUUCUGCAUGUUGUUAUAAGGAAAUCACUCCAGGUGUUAUCCGAGCUAGAGCAAUUCACAGUUGUCUUCACGACCACAGCAUGCACACAGUCCUUCAUGGCACAUGGAUGGCAUGAUUUUAACAUCUGACCUUACUAAUGCUCUGGUCUUCUUAUUAACCAAGAAUGUAGUAGCUUCUCCAGAUGUAUGACUGAAGAGUUUGCAUUUUGACCAGUGACAUGUUUUCAUCCUAUGUAUUUCUGUUCAGUGCUUUAGGCAUGAGGCCAUUAGGCUAUUUUUUAGUGUUCCAUAGAACUUUUUUUUUUUUUUUUUUUAAACCAAAGGUUAUUAUCUGUGGCAGCUUGCGUGACAUGCAAUCAUUUAUAGAUCAAAAAAAGAGAAAAUAUAGCAGAUACACUGCUGCUGCAAAGUUGUUUUAUACAAAGUAUUUUAGUCUUGAAAGCCUGCUCCUAAGAUAUGCAAAAAAUGUCUGUUAAGAAAUGUGCUCUCAUGAAACUGUAAAUAAAACAACCACACACCAGUA